AUGGUUGAACCUACACUUAUUCCUGAAGAGUAUGCUUGCCCAAUUACUAGACAAAUCAUGGACGACCCUGUAGUUGCUGCUGAUGGAUUCACCUAUGAGCGUAGAGCAAUAACUAUCUUUUUUGAAAAUAACAACAUCUCUCCAGUAACUUUUAAAGAUUUUAAAAAUAAAACUCUUGUCACGAAUUUUACCUUGCUCUCCAAAAUUUCUAAAUUCAAAAUGCUAAGGAGUUCAAUAGCAACUUCUCAAACUAAUGAAAUUGAAAACGUGGUUACCUGCACGAGAAACAUGAUUAACGCUAAAGAAGUUAAGUUAGAUUUAUAA